UCUGCUCUUAUUUUCCCUUACAGAGUCAACUGUUCAUUUUAUUUCAAAAUUGGAGCAUGUCGUCAUGGAGACAGAUGCUCUCGGUUGCACAAUAAACCGACCUUUAGCCAGACCAUUGCCCUCUUGAACAUUUACCGUAACCCUCAAAACUCUUCCCAGUCUGCUGACGGUUUGCGCUGCGCUGUGAGUGACGUCGAGAUGCAGGAACACUAUGACGAAUUUUUUGAGGAGGUUUUUACAGAAAUGGAGGAGAAGUACGGGGAAGUGGAGGAGAUGAAUGUCUGCGAUAACCUCGGAGACCACCUGGUCGGGAACGUGUACGUCAAGUUUCGCCGUGAGGAAGAUGCGGAAAAGGCCGUGAUCGACUUGAACAACCGCUGGUUUAACGGGCAGCCCAUCCACGCGGAGCUCUCCCCGGUGACUGACUUCCGAGAGGCGUGCUGCCGCCAGUACGAGAUGGGGGAGUGCACGCGAGGCGGCUUCUGCAACUUCAUGCACCUGAAGCCCAUUUCCAGAGAGCUUCGGCGGGAGCUGUACGGGCGCCGGCGCAAGAAGCAUAGAUCGAGGUCCCGGUCCCGGGAGCGUCGCUCUCGGUCUAGAGACCGUGGCCGUGGUGGCGGCGGCGGUGGCGGCGGCGGUGGCGGGGGACGGGAGCGUGACAGGAGGCGGUCGAGAGACCGUGAACGAUCUGGGCGAUUCUGAGCCAUGCCGUUUUUACCGUAUGUCUGCUAGACAGUGUUGUAGUUGAUUGACCAAACCAGUUCAUAACGGGAAUUUUUUUUAAAAAACAACAAAAAAAAACAAAGAUGGGUUUCUGAAUAAAAUUUGUAGUGAUACAGUA